UAGAAUGACUAACGGAAAUUUGGAAUGUCUAGAAACCUAUUCAGAAAGUAUUCUUGAACGUUUAAGGAAAGAUAACAUUGAAGCUAAUUCUAAAAUCUUCAAGGAAAUCUUUCCUGAUGGAAUUCUUUUAAACAAGGAAAAUUUUACGCAGGUGACUGUAAGAAAACGAAAAUCUGUCUCAAAUUCUGAUAAAUUUGUUGUUCAUCGACAUUCUAUAGAGCGGUCUUGUAAGAGAAAACGAAUUGAUUGUAAUGACGAUGAAGAGCAUAAUGAUAAAGAAAAUAAAUCCGCUUUAAUACGCUUUUCAUGGAACAAAAAAGUUUCUAAAAACCUUUUUACAAAAAGUGAGGCUUACCUUCAUGGCUUUGAAGAUACUUAUUCAGAUGAUGACCUCAAAGAUGUUAAGCCUAAUAAAUUUUUAUCAAAAAACCGACCCUUCGAAGAUGUUAAAGAGGAAGACUUAGUUUUAGUUGCAGAAAGAACAAGUGAUAAAAAUUACGAUUCUGUUAAUGGAACCUCAUGUCAUCAAUGUCGACAAAAAACAGAUGAUUUAAAAACUGUAUGUCGAAGAAAGGAAUGCAUCGGAAUAAGAGGUCAGUUUUGUGGGCCAUGUUUAAAAAAUCGUUACGGUGAGUGCGCUAAAGCAGCUAUAAUGAACCCAGAGUGGAUAUGCCCUCCAUGUAGAAGUAUUUGUAAUUGCAGCUUCUGUAUGAAGAAGAAGGGAAAACGAGCUACCGGUAUCCUCAUUCAUAUUGCUAAACAAAAUGGUUUUGAUGAUGUCAAGUCGUUCUUAGGAGAUUAGUUUUAUUAUUCCAGUUAUUCUUAGAAGAUUAGUUUUAUUAUUCUAGUUGACUAUAUUGUUCUAAUAUUUUUUGUUUCAACUACAUCAAGUAGGUGCACACCCAAAUUCGGAUAUCUUUUAGAGUUGAUUUAAAUUGUUUGAAGAAAAAAAAAGUUACAUUUUCAAAACCAAUUUAAAUCAAAAUUAUUUUAGUUGAAGGAAAAGCUUUCAAGGGCUGGGUCUGAAUCUCUUUUUCUUGGGUACGCCUCUUAUUUUAUGUGUUACUAACAGUUUUUUAUUUUUUUAAAUUAAAACUGAAAAUCCUAUUUUCCUUGUUUUAUUUCUGCACGUAGAUUUGUUUUUACAUUUUUCUAUUAAAAAAAAUGUUUUUAAAACUAACCAAAAAAGUUUUUUUUAAAUUUAAAAAAAGUAUAUGUAUUCGCUCUUAUCAGAAGUUUUUAGUUUAAGUUGUUUUUAUAAGUCUUAUUGUGUUAUUGCAUUUUUGAAGGCAUUUUUGUUUCUGUUCUCCAAUUCAGUGAUUCUGGAUUUGUUUAAUCGUACGAGAGAUUUGGUCAGUAUUAAAGCGAGUAUCUACGCGGUUUGCCUCCAUCCUA